AUGCGUCCCGUUGUUGUGGUUCUGCUGCACGAGGAAUCCGACACGCCGGCGUACAUGGCGGUCUAUCUUGCGCAGAGGGGGAUCGACUUCGUUGUCUUCCAGUUCUGGAAGGACGACAUGGUGCACAUGGUGCCCGUGUCAGUCGACACCCCUGUUAGGUGCAUCAAGGUGGACAACGCCCCCCACCGGUUCAUGCCUGUUCCGGCGACGUGUACAGAGGGGGAGGUCUGCCGCGUUCGCGGGGUUGCAAGCUUUGGUGGCUCAAUGAGUGUCAACGACGAUCGCCCACAUUACGAGCCUAUCCUACAUCUGAUGCGGUCGUGCAUCCAUACACGUACCCCCGUCAUUGGCCACUGCUUGGGUGCACAGCUGCUGUCCUGCUCCCUCGGUGGGACCGUGCAGUCCUCGGAAAAUAUCGAGGUCGGUUGGAUGGACCUGGAGGUCGAGAACAACGGCACGGAUGGCGUCAAGGAUUGGUUUGGAGGCCGGAAGACUAUUAAUGUGUUUCAGAUCCACACAGAGAGCUUCUCUAUUCCCCAGGGGGCCAGGCGGAUUGUGAGGGGGAAGUACUGCACGAAUCAGGCCUACCAAGUGGGCGAUCAGUACGCGCUGGGGAUGCAGUUCCACCCGGAGGUUGACGAGGAGAAGGUGAAGGGACUGGUGGCACCAACGUUUCCGUCUCUCCACACGUGCGAAGAAAUUGCGGCGAUGUCAAAGGAGAAAGCUGCACGCUUGUCACCUGCUGCAAUGACCCGUGAUGCUAUCGCCAAUUGUCUGCGGGAGGGUCGCAUCGAACAGAAUCGUCCCCUAGCGGACAGUAUAUACGACGUGUGGUGCUCUGGAUUUCUGUUUUAG